ACCGCGCAAGGAUUUGAGAGAUCAAAGUCGCCAUAUUGGUAACUGUCUAAUCAGAAAUUUAAAGUAAGUAAAUACAAGGAUUUCCACGUUUCACUUGUGAUUUUUGCGAGUUUUUGAAUAGAAUAGAAAACUACGGAAUUCUGUGCGCUAAACAAUAUUGUUUUGGAUCGCAGAAAGUUUCGUGAAUAACUAAGAUGUCAGUGUUGAAUCAGAGUGGUGAAGAGCAGGUGGAAUGUCCAUUGUGCAUGGAGUCCUUGGAAGUUGAUGAUUUGAAUUUCUUUCCGUGCACGUGUGGUUAUCAGAUUUGUCGCUUCUGUUGGCAUCGUAUUCGUCAUGACGAGAACGGGGGUUUGUGUCCUGCAUGCCGUAAGCCAUACUCGGAGAAUCCUGCGGACUUUAUCCCUCUUACCCAGGAGCAGAUGGCUAAGAUGAAAGCAGAUAAGAGGCAACGGGAUCAACAGCGCAAAGCCAAACUUACUGAGAGUCGCAAGCACUUGUCCAGUGUGAGGGUAGUACAGAGAAACCUGGUGUUCGUGGUCGGUCUUCCUCCUAGGUUAGCUGAUCCGGAAAUUCUAAAGAGACAUGAGUAUUUUGGAAAAUUUGGGAAAAUACAUAAGGUGGUGAUAAAUCAAUCAACAUCUUAUGCUGGUUCGCAGGGACCUAGUGCGAGUGCUUAUGUGACGUAUAUAAAGAGUGACGAUGCAUUGAGAGCCAUUCAGGCUGUCAACAACUUUACAAUAGAUAAUAGAUCAAUAAAAUCUAGUCUCGGCACCACCAAGUACUGUUCUCACUUUUUGAAAAACCAACCUUGUCCCAAACCAGAUUGCAUGUAUUUACAUGAAUAUGGUGACCCAGAAGCUAGUUUUACCCGCGAGCAAAUGCACUUGGGGAAGCACCAGGAAUAUGAGAAAAAGCUGCAUGAGGAUCUGUUGGCGCGAACGAAAACUCAAAACGGGCAGGGAGUGGAAAUAAAAGGGGUCUCUACAGCGAAGGUUGCGAAAGACGCGAAUAACAGUAGUAAUACAUCGAAAGACAGCACAAACAGUUCGGGGACAAACAAAGAAAAUUGGCCGCAAUUGGAUAAGGAUAAGAAGCAAGAGAAGGACAAACCUAGGAAAGGAAAAACGAAAAACAAUGCAGAGUCAAGGUCAAAGGAUAAGAAGGAAGGAAAAAAUAGCAGUAGUAGUGAAUGUAGAUCAUCCCAAGACAGUAGGACAACUAGUACAAGUAGUAACAGUAGCCAUUGUUGUAAAAUUGAAGCUAAAGAUUCAGAUACUUACCCAUCCCCUGGUCUUUCCAGUGAAUCCAGCCCCUCAUCCUCUCCACCAAGUACCCAAUCUCCUCCUCUUAAUCGUUCCAACACACCUUUAGAAUCUUCCCCAUUGCCUACCAAUUUCAACGCCUCACCAACUGGAUCAUAUUCUUCUAAUGUCACAUCUUUUGUCGGCAAGCUACCACCGAAUCUUGUGGGCAGGUCUUCUGAAGAUUGCAAUUCCUAUUUCAGCUCUAGUGGUUUCAGUAAACUACAGAACUCGUUGGGCACAAUGGCUGACAAAGAAGAACAUAUUGAUAGGGAUAGGAUAAGUCGUGAUUCCAGUAUGAUACGGCCAUUGGGUGAAUGCUUACCAGAUGACCAUGGGCAUCAGGUCUUGACGGAUACAUUACCAAAUAUAAACACGACCGAAGAUUGGGCUGCAGCAUUUGGGUUUACGGGCCAAACAUCCAGAGAUCAGGAAUUGUUACAACAGAAACUGCAACAAAGAGAUAUGAGUAAAUUCGCGAGUUUCUUAAACACCGAAGCACCCGAACCGGCUUUUGGAAAAGGUGUUGAAAACUUAAAUGGCUUCUAUGAAUUGGCUAAGUUUCAAGAGAAUCUAAUGGAUGCCUUAGCAACUAAAGCAAAUGGAUUCAAGGUUAGACCACAGGACCCCACUACUCAACAAUCUCAAAUUCAUAUUUCAAAUGGGUUAGAAAUGUCGAAAUUCUUUAGUGAUUACCAUAAAUUCAGUGCAAAGGAGCAAUCAAGUCCCUCAUCGCCCUAUCAAAAUGGAUAUUCUAAUGGUGUACAUAGUAGUUAUCCACAAUUUCUACAUCAGAAACAUCUAGAAGAGCAAUUUAGGAAUCUCGCGUUGAAGCAGAAUACAUUCAGUGGAGCACAAACGACCUUAUAUCAAAAUAGUAUUCCGACACCAACUUAUUUAAAUGGAGAUGCAUCUCUUGUGAACGGCGGAGUUAGUUCUAUGCAAAAUUUGUAUUCAAAAACACAGGGCGUUUCACAGCAACCUCCUAAUAAUUCAAGAAAUUCAGAAGCAGAACUGGAUUUCGAUCCCUUCCAGGUCACACAAAAAGGAUUUGCGGAAAUUAUGGCAACAGAGCAAAAUAUCAAACAACAUAAUUCGGGACUCAGUACAGGACGGUCAAACCAGAUGAAUGGGUUAGUUCAUAGUCAAAAUAACACACACAUACCCCCACCUCCACCUGGAUUUUUACAGCAGCAGCAGGCACAUAUGAAUUCAUUCGGUAGUAAAAUUUUGCCCUUCCUUAGUAUGUCCAAUAGUCAACAACAAUUAAAUAAUGCCGCAAGCAAUUGGCCUAAUAGCUUUAACUCGCAGCUGCAAGAACCUAAAAAUGUUUCAAAUACAUGCAAUGAUUGGAAAGUAUUAGAUCCGGCAAUUCUAAGCUCCAGCAGAAGCUACCAGCUCCCAACAGUUCCACCAGUUCCAGAUGCAUACAAUAUUCCUCCUUUAGCAAACCAACAAAUUACACACAACAGUCAGCUGAGAUCAUAUGAUUAUCCACCUAGCAACAACCCGUUUUCUACAUUCGCACAGCAACCCAACUAUAAUUCCUUCACACAAUUGAACACACCUCAGAACGUAAAUAAUUUAAAUUGGUUUACUGCCAACGACAUAAACUCACAAAUUUCAAGCCCACCGGGCUUCAGAAACAACCAGACUUCCAAGCAGCAAGAGUGUUAGAUUGGAUAGCUAGUUGUAUAUGGAUCGCGUUUAUUUGACGCCAUAGAUAUUGAAUUAUAGAAAUAAAAAUGCCCAUUUUAGUUAAUAUUGUGCAAUAUAAUUUUUCUUUUUUUUAGUUUCUUCCUGGUAAAAACUUCAUUACUUUUAGUGUGGCACUAAUUGCGCAGUUUUGUGGCAUAGUGGCAUAUUUAUUUAAAAUCUGUAUGUUGUCACCAUACAUAAAAUAGCACAGUUCGAGGCCAUGCUGGUGGUACUUUAAAGAAUCAAAUUGAUGUGCGUAAACGCGUCGUUUUGAAAAUAACUUAUAGUGGACUUUAAUCGACUUCUUAUUUAUCCAACAUGAACUCGAUCCACUACCUCCGAUUUAAACGAAAUAUAUAUGUUAAUAUUGAUACAUGACUUUAAUAUGUAAAUUAGUGAAUUGUUUUGGCAAAAUAUUUAUCUUUAUUAAAACGCGAUAAUUUCAAUCAAAGAUAAAUAUUGGUCUGUUACAUAAGCCACAAGAGUAUUUCUAUUUGAUUCCUUAAUUUUUCCUUUGGUAUUAAUGUGCAUAUUUGGGUUGGUAUAAGAUAAAUGUCGAUCCAUAACAAGCACUAGAAUUGUUAAUUGCUACGUACGAUUUAUUUCAUUUGAACGUAAGUAAAUAAUAUGUAAACGCGGGUGCUUGGCCACAAGAAAUUAAACUAAUAUUCUAUCCAUUUCAGUAUAUUGAAAAUAAAACAGCUAAUUAUAAUGUAUUGCAGUAUU